AUGGCCGUGGCCCCUAGUAGUGUUUCCACAUCAACAAUCAUUUCAACCUUACUAGCCAAUUUGGCAUUGUUUGGUAUUUUUGUUGGUUGUUUCAUUGUGUUGAGAUUAAAGUUCAAACGUAUCUAUAGUCCUAAAUCAUCGUUUGAUUUGGUUCCAGAGGACAAGAAACCCGAGCCAUUGCCCAAAGAUCCAUUCAGAUGGAUAUUUAUUUUGCUUACCAAACCAGAUUCUUUCUUUUUGCAACAAGCAGGUCUCGAUGGUCUUGUGUUUCUCAGAUAUAUAAAGACAUUUGGCACAUUGUUCUUUGGUGCUUUACUUAUGUAUAUUAUUUUAUUGCCUGUUAAUGCAACCAAUGGUAAUCACAACGAAGGAUUCGAUCAACUUUCUAUUGCCAAUGUCAAACAUCCUAGACGUUAUUAUGCCCAUGUAUUAAUGGGACUUAUUUUCAAUGGUGUGGUUAUCUUUGUUAUUUAUCGUGAAUUGUUUUUUUACAACUCCCUUAAAAACGCAGUGUUGUCAUCGCCAAAGUAUGCCAAGAAGCUCUCAUGCAGAACCGUACUUUUCCAAGGUGUCCCAGAUUCAUUAUUGGAUGAAAAACAAGCAUUCAAGAUAUUUAGUGGAGUAAAACGGGUGUAUGUUGCUAGAACAACAAGAGAAUUGGAGCAUAAAGUGGAGCAACGAGCUGCCAUGGUCGACAAAUUGGAGGUUGCCGAGAACAAAUUGAUGAAAUUGGCAGUCAAGAGUAAACUUAAGGCUGACAAAAAGGGAUUUAUAUUGGAACCAGUUGAUGAAAUAAGCUCCUAUGUCAAUGAGAAGAAAAGACCAAAAAUGAAGGUAGGUGGGUUUUUCUCUUCCAAAGUGGAUACAAUUAGACAUUGUCAAGAACAGAUUCCAAUUUUGGAUAAAGAGGUGAAAAGGCUUCAGAAAAAAUUUAGACAUUCAAUGCCAUUAAAUUCCAUAUUUGUUGAAUUUGAAAACCAGUAUUAUGCCCAGUUGGCUUAUCAAUCCACCGUUCAUCAUAAUCCGAUGAGAAUGUCUCCAAGAUUUAUUGGUCUUGAACCAAAGGACAUAAUACAUGCCAAUUUGAGAAUGUUUUGGUGGGAGAGAAUAACUAGACGUUUCUUGGCAUUUGCUGCCAUUGUAGCCUUGGUAGUUUUCUGGGCUAUCCCGGUUGCCGCAGUUGGUACCAUUUCCAAUAUUACUUUCCUUACUAACAAAUUGCCUUGGUUAAGAUGGAUUUUGAAGAUGCCACACGCUUUGUUAGGUUUGGUUACAGGUUUGUUACCAACUAUAUUGCUUUCCUUGUUGAUGUUUUUGUUGCCGAUUAUUAUUAGAGUAUUUGCACGUAUUUCUGGGGAAAUUUCUGCUAUUGGUGUUGAGAAAUGGACUCAAAACGCCUAUUUUGCCUUUUUGAUGGUUAAUGGGUUCUUGGUUACUGCAUUAGCUUCAUCUGCUACCGCCACUAUUACCGAGAUUAUAGAUAAACCAACUUCAGCCAUGAGCAUUUUAGCCAACAAAUUGCCAUUGUCUUCCAACUUUUAUAUUUCAUACUUGGUCCUUCAAGGGUUUUCCAUAGCUGGGGGGUCAUUAUUCCAAGUAGUUGGGUUGUUUUUGUAUUACAUUUUGGGAACCCUUUUUGACAAUACCGUUAGAAAGAAGUGGAAUAGAUUUAGUGGGUUGGGUACUGUUGCCUGGGGUACAGUUUUCCCAAUAUUUACCCAGUUGGCUUCUAUUACUUUGGCUUAUUCAAUUAUUUCACCUUUGAUCCUUGUUUUUGCAUUUGCUUCGUUCUUUUUAGUUUACGUUGCAUAUGCUCAUAACAUUACUUAUUGUUUUGUGGAAGGUCCAGAUGCUUUUGGAAGUCAUUAUCCACGUGCACUUUUCCAAACAUUUUGUGGUUUAUAUUUGGGUGAGAUUGUACUUUUGGGUAUUGUGGUUGUUGGUAAAGGUUGGGGUCCCAUUGUUAUCCAAGUCAUUGUUUUAUUGUCAACAAUCUUUGCUCAUGUUCACCUCAAUUUAGCAUUCGAUCAUUUGCUUGGUGUUGUCCCUCUCGAUGCAAUGAGGGCAGUCGAUGGUGUUUCCAGUACAGCUUCCUUUACUGGGCCAUCAGAGUAUCAAUCCAAAGUAUUGAAUAAAAAGAAACGUCGUGCUAAUUUUGAAAAAGAGUUAUUAAAGGAGCAAGAAGAAGAAACAAAAUUAAAAGCAGAUGUCAAAGCUCAGAUGGAGUCCGAUUACGAUCAAGAGGAAGCAAUUGACAGCAUUUCAGUUGUUCCACUUUUAGCCGAUAGGGAUUUCAAGACUACUGAAUCUAACAAUCUAAUUGUCAAAUUUAUUAGACCAGAUGUAUUUUUGAACUUCCGUUACGUGAAGGGAAUUUUGCCAGCUACUUAUAAUAUUGAACCAAAAAUAGUAGACAACAAACAUGCUUACGAUGCACCUGCUAUUUCGGCUAAAUGUCCUGGUGUUUGGUUCCCAGCGGACCCAAUGGGAUUGAGUGAAAUUGAAAUUGAGCAAUUGUCCCCAAUUGUCGAUAUCAGUACCAAAAAUGCAACUUUCAAUGAAAAGGGAAAGAUUGUAUUUCUUGGGAAACCACCAAAUUAG